AUGGAUACCUACCAGGGCAGUCUCCAACACACAAGCAUUCUAGCCCAGAAUACCUCACGCGAGAAUGAAGCUAUUGAGGGGCGAGAUGUUGACCAGGACGCUAGCUGGGUGAUGUUGAAGGAGAACGGCAAGGACAUUGAGCGGCUCCCGGAUGAGCAGAUCCUUCUUAUAACGCCACCUCGAGUGAGCUUGGAGCUCUCGGUUCCCAAGCCCUUGCAGGCGAGCCACCCUUUUUCCAUCAACUGCCUAGAUGGAAAGGCCUACGUCACGAAUAAACGAGUGAUCUAUCUUGCAGCACGACCGACAGAGCAAUUCAAGUCCUUCGCGGCCCCCAUCCUAAAUAUCAACGAUACCCAUCCCUCGUCGGGAGGCUUCCUGGGUUUCGGAGCCUGGCGUUGGCAUGGCACGGUGACACCGACUGUAAACGGUGGAAUCCCUGCGGAGAUUCCCCUACUAGAAUUGACACUUACCUUCAACGAGGGCGGGAUGGACAGUUUCAACAGGAAGUAUAGUUUGAUACGGGACCGUUUGCAACAAUUUGCUCAAGCUACAGGCCAAUCGGUCCGCGACGCCGUCGUUCACGACGAAGACCUGCCGCCGUACGACCCGAAUGACCACAGUCAGGCUGCUGCGGCUCCUAUGCCAAGUAUCACACAGCCUGCCGCUGAGCCAGUACAAGGACGGCCAAAUCAACAGACGCCGGACGAGCCUCCUCCCGAUUACGACGAGGCCCAAGCCCAAGCUGUCAGCGGAAGAUUCGAAGAACGAAUUCGCCAAGAAGCAGAGCGGGGUGAGUGA